AUGACAAGAAGUCUCGUUGACGUUUUCGUGGUUGCGGUAUGUCUAAUGAUUUUUGCUCUGAGUUUGUCUCAUGCCGGAACACCGGCUGUCUUUAUAUUGGGAGACUCUUUAUAUGACGUUGGUACGAAUACUUUCGUAACAAGAGCCCUUGCAAAAGCCAAUUUCCCCUUCUAUGGUAUCGACUUUUUCAACUCGACUCCUAAUGGAAGGUUUUCUAACGGUCUAAACUUGGCUGAUUUUACAGCUAAAGUAGCACUUGGAGAGUCCGUGACAAGCCCACCACCAUUUCAAUCACUUUAUGACACGGGAAAUACCUUCAGCGCGAAUCUUGUGAAAGCGAUAGACUUUGAUCCUAUGAGACCUUGGGAGACUCCAACCAAAGACUUCAACUUCGCUUCAAUGGAAGCGGAUAAGGAAAACCCUGCAAGAGGAAUAAACUUCGCUUCAUCAGGCUCAGGGAUUAUCGACAAAACCUCUGCAAUCGAUGUUUUGUAUAAUCUUGGAGUAAGGAAAUUCGGGAUCUUCGGCAUACCGUAUGUCGGAUGCGUUCCACUCGUGAGAGUAACCGUACUGACCGGGGAGUGUUCAAAAAAAGCAAACGAUAUGGCAAUACAAUUCAAUGAUAAACUCGAAAAGCUUUUGUGUGAUAUGAUGAUCAAUUUCAAGGGAAUGGUAUAUUCGUUCGCAAAUUCAUACGACGUACUUAAGGAAUUAAUGGAGCACCCAAAGAAUUAUAAUCUUACAAACACGAUAGAUGCCUGUUGCGGAUUGGGGAGGUUUAAUGCAAUGAGCAAUUGUAAUCCACUGGCUAAAUUGUGUAAGAACCGAAAGGAGUAUCUUUUCUGGGAUAUCGCUCACCCAACACAAUACGCUGCCUCGAUUAUAAUCAACAAGUUUCAGUUUGGUGGGCCAAAUUACGCAAGACCAAUUAACUGGUCUAAGUUGGCAAGCUUGUAA